UGAAGUUGUGGACUGGAGGAUUUCGAAGACACGCAGCCACUUAGAGUAGGAGGAAAGUAGAGGCUCUAUUCUAACGUUUCACUCUUUAAAUCUGGGGAAUACAACCACGCAGCGGCUGGGAAACAGCAAGAAAACGACUUUGUGGCAUUUAACUGGGAGACCAAGCAUACCCAACAGUAUGCGGUGCAGUUAUGGCAGGCAAUGGUAAGACAGUCGUGAGGACGCUGGAGGAUUUAACGCUUGAUUCUGGUUAUGGUGGAGCCGCGGACUCCGUCAGGUCGUCCAGCGUGUCGCUGUGCUGCUCCGACACGCAUCAGUCCAUCGUGCAUGGGGGUAACGGCUGGCAUCUGACAGAGUCCAUGCACAGCAGACAGAACAGUUUGGAGACAGUCAACACCGUCCUGGCGGAGGACACGGACAUACUGGAGUGCUCGGGUCAGUGCGCCAAGCUGCCCGAGCUGGAGGACGUGCCAUGGAGCCUUGGCGAGGUGGAGGGCGCACUGAGGAAAGACGAGGAGCUGAUGGUGGGCGACCCUCCACCCGAGGUGCUGGCGCGGCUCUCCGCUCUCAUCAGCAGCGCUCUGGUGAGGGUGGCCCGGGAGGCGCAGCGGCUCAGCCUGCGCUACGCCAAGUGCACCAAGCACGAGAUCCAGAGCGCCAUCAAGGUGGUGCUCUCAUGGACCAUCUCAGUGAACUGCAUCACGGCGGCCCUCAGCGCCCUGUCCCUCUACAACAUGAGCACCGGGGACAAGUUCAGCCGCGGGAAGUCGGCGCGCUGCGGGAUGGUGUUCUCGGUGGGCAAGUUCUUCAGGUGGAUGGUGGAUAGCCGGGUGGCGCUCAGAAUCCACGAACACGCUGCCAUAUACCUCACCGCCUGCAUGGAGAGUCUGUUCAGAGAGGUGUUCAGCCGCGUCCUGCGCAGCGCGCUCGUGGAGAGGGACAACGGCGUGCCCAAGUUUACGCUGGAGUCUCUGGAGCAAGCCAUCAACAACGACUCUGAGAUCUGGGGGCUGCUGCAGCCAUAUCAGCACCUCAUCUGUGGGAAGAACUCAAGUGGUGUGCUGAGCCUGCCCGAGAGUUUGAACCUGCACCGCGACCAGCAGCGCUCGGGGCGGGGGGGCGAAGGUCAGGGCUACUCACAGGCCGAGGUGCGCACGCUGGAACAGUCGCUGCUCGCAACCCGGGUGGGCAGCAUCGCAGAGCUGAGUGAUCUGGUAUCCCGGGCCAUGCACCACCUGCAGCCCCUGCACAUCAAGAACUCCAGCAACGGGACCCCGGUCCACCAGAAGACCCCCAACACCACGGUGCACUGGGAGCCCGAGGCCCUCUACACCCUGUGUUACUUCAUGCACUGCCCACAGAUGGAGUGGGAGAACCCCAACGUGGAGCCCUCCAAAGUCUCCUUACAGACCGAGAGGCCGUUCCUGGUGCUGCCUCCCCUGAUGGAGUGGAUCCGGGUGGCGGUCGCUCACACGGAGCAUCGAAGAAGCUUCUCUGUGGACAGCGACGAUGUGAGGCAGGCCGCCAGGCUGCUGCUGCCCGGAGUUGACUGUGAACCCAGACAAAUAAAAGCGGAGGAUUGUUUCUGUGCCACCAGGAAGCUGGACGCCGCCUCCACAGAGGCCAAGUUCCUGCAGGACCUGGGCUUCAGGAUGCUCAACUGCGGACGGACAGACCUGGUGAAGCAGGCCGUGAACCUGCUGGGUCCGGAUGGCAUCAACAGCAUGAGCGAACAGGGGAUGACCCCCCUCAUGUACGCCUGUGUCCGUGGUGACGAGGCCAUGGUUCAGAUGCUGCUGGACGCUGGCGCCGACAUCAACAGUGAGGUGCCAAGCACAGUAAACAAGCACCCCUCAGUUUAUCCUGAAACGCGCCAGGGGACGCCUCUCACUUUCGCCGUGUUACACGGACACGUGCCUGUUGUGCAGUUGCUGCUGGAUAACAGAGCGAAUGUGGAGGGCGCCCUGCAGGAUGGGGCGGAGAACUACACGGAGACCCCGCUUCAGCUGGCCUCUGCUGCAGGUAACUUUGAGCUGGUGAGUCUGCUUUUGGAGAGAGGGGCCGACCCGAUGAUCGGGACCAUGUGUCGAAACGGCAUCUCCUCCCUCCCGCUGGGCGACAUGAACUCAUUCAGCCUGGCAGCAGCACAUGGCCACAGGAAUGUAUUUCGAAAGCUCCUGUCCCAGUCGGAGCAGGAAAAGGGCGACGUGCUGUCCCUGGAGGAGAUCCUGGCCGAGAGUUCGGAGCCCGGGGAGAAGAGGUUGCCGCCGCAGGCCAACGGAGGAGGGACGCUGCGAACAGGAAAGGCCAGACUGAGGGCCCUGAGAGAGGCCAUGUACCAUAGCGCAGAGCACGGCCAUGUGGACAUCACCAUAGACAUCCGCAGCUUAGGUGUUCCCUGGACGCUGCACACCUGGCUGGAGUCCCUGCGUACCUGCUUCAUGCAGCACCGCCGGCCGCUGAUCCAGGGCCUGCUCAAAGACUUCAGCUGCAUCCAGGAGGACGAGUACACCGAGGAGCUGAUCACACUCGGCCUGCCGCUCAUGUUCCAGAUCCUCCGGACCAGCAAGAACGAGGUGAUAAGCCAGCAUCUGUCAGUCAUCUUCACCCAGUGCUACGGACCCUUCCCCAUCCCAAAGCUGACAGAGCUCAAGAGGAAGCAAACCUCACGGUUAGACCCCCACUUCCUCAACAACAAGGACAUGUCUGAUGUAACUUUCCUGGUGGAGGGGAAACCAUUUUAUGCACAUAAAGUGUUGCUGUUUACAGCUUCAGCCAGGUUCAAGUCGCUGCUCCAGAACCGACCAGCAGCAGAGAACACCUGCAUCGAGAUCAGCCACGUCAAGUACAAUAUUUUCCAUCUGGUCAUGCAGUAUCUGUACUGUGGAGGCACUGAGUCUUUGCACAUACGCAACACUGAAGUGAUGGAGCUCCUCUCUGCAGCCAAAUUCUUCCAACUCGAGGCCCUUCAGAGACACUGUGAGAUCAUCUGCUCCAAGAACAUCACCACGGAAACCUGUGUGGACCUCUACAAGCACGCCAAGAAUAGUAAAAACCCCUCAUCUCUUACACCACAGUUCCUCGGUGCCACGGAGCUGACGGCUUUCAUCGAGGGCUACUUCCUGAAGAACAUGGUGCUGCUCGUUGAGCUGGACGGCUUCAAGCAGCUGCUGUACGAGCCCCCUGCCCCCGAGAGCCCCGCCUCCAGCCCCGGCAUCUGCUCCGACAUCCUGCUGGACCUGGAGAAGACCCUGGCCACCCGCAUCCACUCCAUCCACCUCUCCACCUCCAAGGGCUCCGUGGUGUGAAGCCCUCCAACCAGGCACAGCGUCCAUGUAACACCGCCUCCAACAUCCAGCCACAGCUGUCCCGCCCCCACUGCUCAGAGGGGGGGCUGUCGGAGGUUUUUAUGUCAGGGAUUCCCUUUAAUUCUGCCUGUUGCAGCCCCCCCC